AUGCGAGUAGGAGAGCUGGUUCUGCCCUUUGUUGGCAGUGGCAUUGGAUGGGCCAGCCAGGACAGAGCAGCAGGUCUCACCCUCAUGGUGGGGGUGUGGGAGAGCCGGCAGCCUGACACUGUAUGUGGACACAGAGGUGAGGCAGGCCUAUGGGUACAGGACCCAGAGGAGUGGGAUGUCCAUGAUGACUUCUACUGUCCCAGAGAAUGCUUCUGUCCACCGAGUUUCCCUACUGCCUUAUACUGUGAGAACAGAGGUCUCACAGAAAUCCCUGCUAUCCCUUCAAGGAUCCGGUACCUGUACCUGGAAAACAACCUGAUUGAAACAAUACCAGAGAAGCCAUUUGAGAAUGCCACCCAGCUGAGAUGGAUCAAUUUAAACAAGAACAAAAUAACCAACUACGGGAUUGAGAAGGGGGCCCUAAGUCAGCUGAAGAAACUUCUUUUCCUGUUUCUAGAAGACAAUGAGCUAGAGGAGGUACCUUCCCCACUGCCAAGAAGUUUGGAACAAUUGCAAUUAGCCAGAAACAAAGUAUCCAGCAUCCCUCAGGGGACCUUCAGUAAUCUGGAAAACCUGACCCUUCUUGAUCUGCAGCAUAACAAACUGUUAGACAAUGCCUUUCAAAGAGAUACCUUCAAGGGGCUUAAGAAUCUCAUGCAGCUAAAUAUGGCCAAGAAUGCCCUAAGGAACAUGCCCCCAAGAUUACCAGCCAACACCAUGCAACUGUUCCUGGACAACAACUCCAUUGAAGGAAUACCUGAGAAUUAUUUCAACGUGAUUCCUAAAGUGGCCUUCCUGAGGCUUAACCACAACAAGCUAUCAGAUGCAGGCCUCCCGUCCAGGGGGUUUGAUGUGUCCUCCAUUCUAGACCUCCAACUGUCUCACAACCAGCUCACAAACUUUCCCCGCAUCAAUGCUAACCUGCAGCAUCUACACCUGGAUCACAACAAAAUUAAAAAUGUGAACAUGUCGGUAAUAUGUCCCACCACACUGCGCGCCGGACAGGAUGCCUUCCUUCACGGACCUCAACUGAGCUACCUGCGCCUGGAUGGGAAUGAAAUCAAGCCACCAAUCCCGAUGGAUUUAGUGGCAUGCUUCAAGCUUCUUCAGGCUUUCAUCAUAUAAAAGCAGCUUCAGAGAACCCACACUGGUUUAAGAGUAGAUGUGUGUGGUAUGAGAUUUGAUUGUUACUUCUAGGUCUAGGUCAUAAGCCACACUUGCAGUUGUUCUUAACCACCAUUUUCAUAUGUGCUGCUUGUUUCUGAUCAAGGAUGCUUGUCAGUGACAUACAGGGACCACUUGCAUUAGUUUGCUUUCCUCUGAUUAACAAAACAGACACUGAGUUGAGAAAGUUCCUCAACUCAAAGCUAUUUUUGUCUCCUUGCAGCUACUAAUACCCAUUUUUUUUCAUUGUCACACAUUCAAAAUAAUUUGCUUGUAUGUGACCAAAUUUAGGUGUGCUAAUAGUGUCUACUCUCUAUAAGCACCACACACACUGAAGCAGCAGGAGGAAGUUCUGAAGAAUAUGAAAUAAAUGAAAUAUUCCUGUCUCAUAAGGAACCCACUAGUCAAAUGGUUCAUAAAAAGAGACAUCUAGUUAUUGGAAUAAAACAAUAAAGCAGGAGACGCUGGAGUCCCUUAGAGUUCAAUGAUAAUUCAGAAGAAACUGGCGGUUCGCUAUCUUUUCUUUUCGUAUGUUUCCUUAGAUAUUAUGCACUAUCUCCAGUAACUGAAUCCCUAAAUUUUCCAGUCAUUAUAACACAGUUUGCAAACUAUUCAGCUCUUAUUUUGAUUAUGAUUUUGGAGAUUUUCUAAAUAAAAAAAUGAAUGUUUUCUAACAAAA